GGGACUAGUCAAGACUUUGGAGGAGGGCGGCUCUCAACGCACUCGAGAUCCAAUUACAUUGCGUCAUCUCGACUCUGGUGGUGAGUUUCCGCGGCGGAUUACCAACGUGACAUUUGGAUUCGAAAUAACGGAUAUUGGUGAGUUUGUAUCGCAUGUUGCAGACAGUUGAAGACUUUGGAGGAGGAGCAAGGCACUCGGCGCAUAUACGAUCUAGGUUUAGAGUAUCUCGGUUUAACAGAUUACUGCAUUCACAUAUUGGCUUGGGAUAACUAAAAGCAUAUUGUGUUUUAUUAUGUGAGCGUUAAGAAGCGGUCAGGGAUUAAAGCUCCAUUAAGACUAGCAGCAAGUGAUACAGCACAUACACUGAUGUAUGGUUUCACAGGGCAGGCAUUUGAGGGAUCAAUGGAUAUCAUUUGUGACGAAGGAAACAAUGUCCUCCCUAGCUGAAAUCAAGGUGCGUUUAUAAUUAUUAGUGUUGAGAGUGAAACAAAUCGUGUGUUACUUAAGCGGUUGAGAAUCCCGGUGAUUUAAACGAAAUCUCAAGGCAUAUAUACAGUAAAAAAUAACGGUGCAGUUGCAUUGGAAUGCGUUACGGUGAAUGUGUUUGAAGAAAGUAAGGUACAUCACUCAUGAAUCGGAUUAGAGUGAAACAGGCCCUAUUGUUUGUAUGUAUGUACGUUCGGAUAUGUUUUUCGUGAUGGAUAAAACUAGAAUCAAAUGGAAAGAUGCUAUGUUUCCCCUAGUGUUCCCCUACUCACGGAUACUGCGACCACUAGCCGAACAACAACCAUUCGAGGCCUGAUCCAUCGUAGGGGAAACAGUCACACAGAGAAACACUCACGUAUACUUCAUCGGGAUCAUAUGGAAAUUUUCUUGGGUACAUUACACUCCUCAUGGAUAGACGAAGACAGACAUGGAAUUGUCAAUCUUUUAAAGGAAAGAAACUUGAAAAGUUCUAAAACUGUGCAAUAGUGUAUCUUUGGUUAAGGAGUUCAACCGAAUACGUGCUGUGACUUCUUAGGUUUGGAUUAUCUUUACUCAGUGAAACCGAAAUCAUAGGAGACUGAAAUGUUCCUAUUAUUCCAAAAGCAAUGAAAAAUUCGAAAUGCUCAAAGACUGCACAGGCCACGGACAACAGCUUUCUUGAAAGAGCUCACAUUGAAACAACUAUACGACUGUGGCUGCGGGGUCUGGUAUACCAUUCUUUAAGGAGUGAAACUUGAAACGUCCUAAGAAGCUUUGACUGUAGAGAUAUGGAAGAUAUUCAUAGCAGUGUAGUUUAAAACAGUAUAAUAUUGUAUGGUUCUUGGCGUCACCGAAUCCUUAAGCGUUUGUAACUAGCAUCUUGGGGAGAAUUUUGCUCUGAGGAGGUUCUGAUAUUUCAAAGUUGUUUGACGAUGUAUAUAUGAGCAGUGAAAUUGAAGGCUGCGGAGAUCUGAGAGAAAUGUGCGCUCUAUAUUUUCCUUGGAGCACGGAAAACUGAAACGUUCAAGACGGUUGUUCAUCUUGGAGCAGAAUAUUUCUUGAGGGGAGACACUUGCAACCGAAAGUCUUUGGAUUAUGACUCUCUUUGGAGUAUAAAACUUGAAGCGUGUUGAACUACUGAUGCAAUAUCAACUCAUUUAAAUUGUGUACCGCUUGAAACUAUUGAAGCCUAGUGCGAUACGGGUAAUUAUCUAAGAGCAGGGGCGAUGUUCUGGGAGUUCCUCUGUCUGGUAUUGGUGCCUAUGGUGUCGGUAUUCGGGAAUUCGUUGGUCUUACUGGUGAUACGAAAGGAAAAGGCCCUACAAUCCAUCUCGAACUUCAUUAUUGCGAGCUUGGCAGUGACCGACCUCCUCAUCUCCGUUAUAGCCAUGCCGUACAGUAUAUAUGCCCAGUGACUCCCCGAAGUCUUGGAGAAGAAUCCUUGGAUUGAUGGUUGUCGUCACGUUGAUCAUUUUCCUGUUCAACCUCAAGAUCCUGAACUUCGGGAAUGACAAAGUACACCAGCGCUUGAAACCUGGUUCAUCCAGGUAUACUGGAAAGACGAAAUCAACUGAUAGAUGUAAUAAGGUAACUCAGCAUCGGGUCCAAAUGAACUGCGACAAAUGGGUGGUGGUCACGACGAUCUUCAAUUUGACCGACGCCGUGAAGGACCUACUGAUGAUGCCAAAGUGGUGUAUGGUACUGGUCGGUGACAAGAAAGGCCCAAAAGAAGUACCGUCAUUUCCCAAUCUGAUCUUCCUAGACGUUGCCUGGCAGGAGCGCUGUCCGUACCAUAUCUGCCAGCAUAUUCCAUGGAAUCAUUUCAGUCGCAAAAACAUUGGCUUCAUGUACGCCGUGGCUAACGGGGCCAAGUGGAUAUACGAUACCGACGACGACAACUUCCCCAAGUUUCCUAAAGCCGAGCCGCUUUUGGAUUCGUCGAUCACAUUCGAUCUAAUACAGGUCCCUGGACACGUAUACAAUCCCUACAUUCCAUAUAUCAAACCCAACACAACCUUUUGGCCGAGGGGGUUGCCACUGGAUAAAAUCAAAGAUUCCGACACGAAGAACAUGAAAGUGAUCGGUACCGUCAAACCGGAAAAGGUCGCGGUGAUUAACUAUUUAGCCCAAACCGACCCCGACGUUGACGCGAUCUACAGACUGACGCAGAAAAUUCCUUUUCAGUUCGAGAUGGUGGAGAAGUAUCACGCUCUACCGCAUUACAUCAUGUCACCCUACAACGCCCAGGCAACGAUGCAUGCACAGUUCGCCUUUUGGGGUCUGCUUCUGCCGGCAAGCGUAGACGGGCGCGUCACGGAUAUAUGGCGGUCGUAUUACACUCAACGGUUAAUCUGGGACACCGACGGUCACAUCGCUUUCGGUCCGCCAUACGUCAAUCAAAUCCGCAACGCGCAUUCGUAUAUGGUUGAUUUUCACAAUGAAAUUGAUGUCUACCUUAAAACCAGCAGACUGAUCAAAUUCCUCGUGAACUGGAUUCCGAAAACCGUUUCGUUGGCGCAGAACAUGAUCGACCUUUACAUAGAACUCUACCAAAUCGAUAUUAUCGGGCGGGCGGAUAUCGAUUUAGCCCUAGCUUGGAUACGCGAUCUGGAAUGUGUCGGCUAUACCUUUCCGCCAGUCAAAGUUGCGAAAGACUACGUGUAUUUAAUUCAAGGUGCAAGCGUCACGAUGCUCGAUCAACUUGUAUCAAACUCGAAUCGAGAUGUUCUAUGGCUGACGUACGAAACCGAGUCUGGCGAUCUUUACCGGCCGAAUAGCACGUGGACCAGUGGAAGGAAUCUUCAGCUGGAACACGCCGUUGAACGCGGGAGCCGAAUGUCGAAGAAGGGUUAUAAAUACUUCAUCUUUCUAGACGACGACGCUAAACUGUCGUUCAGUAUUAAUGGUCGAAGAUGGAAAGAUGAAGGCGGUUGCAAUAGCGACGUUGUGUGGACAUGCUUUGAACAGUUCUUGGGCGCUCACGAGCCGGCAGUCAGCUAUCCAUACUACACAUAUACUGGACAUUUCUAUGACAAGAAUUCAAUGGUUAAUACAAACUACCAUAUCGAUCCAAUGAUGGUGGCUUUUCACCGUGACACAUUAUCUUUCCUACUGCCCUACAGUACUGAGUUUGAAGCGCAAUCCUGGUGGGCAUCGGGUGUUAUCUGUGCUGGCCUGGCCAACAUGCUGUAUAGCACCAACAAGUUUCAGUUCAAUGUUCUUCAUAGUAUCAAUUCGAGACCAAAUCAUCUGGGCAAUACUAAAUACAAGACGGAUGGGAAUCAACCCGGUCAAUUACAAUUCCUGCUAUCGGCCCUUCUGCCGACUGUCGAUGGAGAGCCGAAUCCGUUGUUGAACAGUACCUCGCCGCGUUUGGCCCCGAGGAUUAACGGCAAGCCCAAUCUGAAGAAAAAUAAAACCUACAUCGUUGACUACGCGUUCAUUAAAAAGUACUUUAAGCUCGAUCAUAGGUUUUCGCAAAGUCGGCUGAACUGGCUGAAAAAUCCCGUGAUCAAAAGAAUUCUAUUCGGGGGCAAAGACGUAACUGAAUUUGACAAUUCAUUCAAUCCUGAUUAUUCUUAUCCGAUCUAACAGGUCAAACUGUAGUAUCAUUCGCAUAGAGUUUCACCUUACACCGACUUCGUGGAAAUCUCAUCAACCCUGAUUAACGGCAUGUUUGAAGAACGGAUUAUAUCUUUGAAACGGACAAAUUAUGACCCAGGUCCGACUGCACCUGCCUAAAACUCCUGGAAGAUCGACUGCAUCUCUAGGACUCGGAUCAAUGCAUAGUUAUAUAGACAAACUCGAGCUUUUACUUUUUGGCCGUCUGUGCAAUCAGAAAAAUGGUUGUACCCUAAAACAAGUUUUUCUAUUUUGCUUAUGUGUAUACAAUGUAUAUAACUGGAUGAAAAAGUAAAAUGGGCACACGUGGAAUGAUGAUUCCUGAUUUCUUAAAUGCCCUUAAACGAUACAAUCUUUAUUAUUUCCUGAACACAUUUGUGAAACACGCAGAAUUUUCCUAUCCCAAAAUAUCGAAUAAGAUUGUAAAUAACAGUGUAAAUGACUAUUAUUUCAACUAGAAUGGAUAUCGGGUGUGUGCGCAUGAUUCGGCGAAAUAAAAGACUCGUAUGGAUUUCACCCAUGCUGGUUUUAUCAGCACGCAAAUAUAGAUACUUAAGGUUUCAGUUCGCUUUCUUAGUAUUGUUAUUAAUGGUUAAAUCAAGUUUAAUUGAAUGUUAAUUAUGUAAAACUCAUUGUUCUGACAUGGUUAAUCAUAUCAUUUUACACUGCGAAGACCUCAUUCCGCAAAAAGAUAAACUUUUAAAAAAAUUAAUAGAAGUUACGGACAUUUCCCUUUUCCAACGAUUUAUUUAUUUAUCUAUAUGACAAUUCUACGGAGCCUUUCCAAAAUCGUUGUUCUAACUACCUCAUUCCCCCUUGGGACCCUUUCUGCUCAAUGUAAAGUCAUUAAUUUUAAGUGCUGUUGGUAGCCGUCGUCUCUAUAUUUAAAUGUGCCCUGUAGCGUGUUUAUUUCUGUAUGUAUGUUCAUUAAUUACUCUAUCUCCGGAACUAUAACAUCAGAUAACUCCACCCCAAACCAGUCAGUUAAUAUUCACCAUGACUUACAAUCAUGACCUGCUUAUUUCUGGUUGGUUGAUGCUAGAAAUAAGACAUACGAAGGCUGUCGUAAUCAACACUGGCCCGCCUAGGCCUAAACCUCAAUCAUACUUUUCUUUUCUACC